AUGACUCCGGCUCGUUGCAAUGAGGCUUCGAUGUCGGAGCAGGAGAAUUCGCAUUAUGUUCGAACUCAUGAAUACAUCUCUGGAAGUGCAAAGACUCGUAUGACAGCGUCCGCACCUUCAUUCUAUGAUGAGGACAACUCUCUUCAGGAAGUCAUCAGCCUUACCUCUCAUGAUUUCCAAGAAGGGGAGUUCGUUUGUCCGGGAUUCUUCCAGAUGAUCAACCCGGAGAAUUUUGUGCAUCGGGUCAUGGCUCCAGACUGGGACUACAUGAUGCGGAGACAGGCGCAAGCGAUCCUGCCAUUUCUCUACUUGGGCCCUGUGUCCUGUUUGAAAGACAAAGCCUGGCUCGCCCAAGAGGGCUUCACCUUGCUACUGGCGAUACGCAACAAACGCUCAGCACAGGCGCGCCUGGUUUCUGGUGAAAAGGCCGGUGUGGAGCUGGGAAUUGAAGCAGACGCGAUCGAUGUCAUGGACAACCAAGAACUCAUCUCGGCGUUUCCUUAUGCUAUACGCCGCAUCAACGAUCAUCUCGUCUCCUCUGGGGCUGCUGUUGGCUCUAGAGCACCAGGCAAGAAGAUUCUUGUCUUCUGUGAGUCUGGCAACGAGCGCUCGGCCACGGUCGUCAUAGCAUACCUGAUGGUCAUGCUCAACCUGAACAUGGCAGUCGCAUCACAUCUCGUCCAGCUUCGAAGAUUCUGUAUCUGCAUUGAAGAACCACUGAGGGAGCUGCUCGCGUCUUUCCAGUCUAUCCUUGAGGCCAAACGGGAUGUGCAGAAGGCCACACAAGCGUCUAUGUCGAACUCGACUCUAGCAAUUCCUCAAAUGACUGUGUCCAGAAAAAGAAGCAUUGCUGAUCGACUUGAUGAUGAGACUACAACUGCAGAUGAUGAUAUGAUGGGAAUGGACAUGGGCAUGAAUAUGAAUAUUAUGGAGGACGGUUCAAUUGAUAAUAGAAAACCUCUUGCCCCAUUCCAAGAUCGUUCAGGUUGA